AGAAAACGACUCGACGAAAGCAUGGCUAUGAGUUCCUCUCAAAUCCAUCGGUCUGUCCUGUUUGCCCUUGACGGAUAUAUUUGCUGCCUUGCGCUUGCAUAGUGGAAUUAUACUACAAAACAGUCAGCUUGUUUCCCAAUUCUUAGAUCCAUAAGCCUCUGAAUCAGUAUGGGCUAUUCACUUCUUCUUUAGUAGCAGCCACCAGAAUUCCGUGCAGUAGCAAUAUUGGCUAUUCAUUUGCUUCUGUAAUACAAGCCACAAGGAUUGGUGGUUGCUAUGGGUGAAUACACGAUCCAGAUAAGCACCAAGCUGAUCGAUCAGCUCGCCCGCGACGACGAGAAGGUGAAAAGGAGGGUCAGGAAACCCAAGCCCAAGAAGGUUGUUGAACAACCAGAAGAGCCUCAGGACAAUGGGAGGGAGCUUCCAAGCGAGCCGAAGAGCAGCCCCGCCCCUGCUCCCGGGUGGCAGCUGCCACCCCCCGUGUACCUGCCAGUUACCCCUGCUCCUCCUCCACCACCUUCGCCCUCAAUCCAGGAGGCGGAAGCCAUACGCGCCGUGGUGGCGGAGAGUGUGAAGGUGCUGGAGAAGCUGGACAAGCAGGAGGCUGGGAUGCAGCAGGAGCUCGCCAGGAGAGCCAAGGAGCUGCAUGACAGGGAGUUCAAGCUGCCCUACCAGAACCCCGUGCCGUGCGCUGAUGAGAAGGCAGCCUGCCAUGAGUGCUACGUGAGCAACGCCGCGAAAGACCCGCUCAAGUGCGCCGAGGCGGUCAAGAGGUUCGAGGCGUGCGUCCGCAUGGCCAGGCAUAGCAGCAGCGUUGCGAUGAAAUAAGUGAGGCGGCAGGCACACGAUUUUGCCUUGUUGGGAUGGUUUUGAAUAACCUGGAUGUUCUGGGUGUGACCUGAAACAAACACAUGUGUAGAUUA